GCCAUGAGGCAAGAGUGUUCUCCUUCUGUGACUAGGCACGGGUUCCAAGUGGGGAGGGGACUGGCUCAGCAUCCGGAGCCAAAAUAGGAAUAGAACUGGGAGCUGAGCCGGGAGCAGUGCUGGGCUUUUGGUUCUCCGCAUCGACGCAGCCAGCAUGCCUAUGAUUUCUGUGCUGGGCAAAAUGUUUCUGUGGCAGCGCGAAGGGCCCGGAGGACGAUGGACUUGUCAGACAAGUCGUCGAGUGGCCGCGGACCCCGCGUGGGCUGUGGAGUGGAUCGAACUUCCUCGGGGCAUUUCCCUCUCCUCCUUGGGAUCCGCUCGGACCCUGCGAGGCUGGAGCAGCUCCUCCCGCCCUUCCUCCGUGGACAGCCAAGACUUGCCAGAGGUGAAUGUUGGAGACAGAGUCGCGAUGCUGCCCAAGUCACGGAGGGCCUUGACUAUCCAGGAGAUCGCUGCGCUGGCCAGAUCCUCCCUGCACGGUAUUUCCCAGGUGGUGAAGGACCACGUGACCAAGCCCACCGCCAUGGCGCAGGGCCGAGUGGCGCAUCUUAUUGAGUGGAAGGGCUGGAGCAAGCCCAGCGACUCCCCGGCUGCCCUGGAGUCGGCGUUUUCCUCCUACUCGGACCUGAGCGAGGGGGAGCAGGAGGCCCGCUUUGCGGCAGGGGUAGCUGAGCAAUUUGCCAUCGCAGAAGCCAAGCUCCGGGCCUGGUCUUCGGUGGAUGGUGAGGACUCCACCGACGAGUCCUACGAUGAAGAUUACGCUGGAACUGACUCAGAGCUGGCGGGGCAGCUGCCGCUGGGUGCCCACCUCCAGGACCUCUUCAGUGGCCACCGGUUCUCCCGGCCUCUGCGCCAGGGCUCGGUGGAGCCCGAGAGCGACUGCUCGCAGACCGUGUCCCCGGACACCCUGUGCUCGAGUCUCUGCAGCCUGGAGGACGGGUUGCUGGGCUCCCCGGCCCGGCUGGCCUCUCAGCUGCUGGGCCAAGAGCUGCUCCUCGCCCAGCUGCCCCCAAGCCGGGAAAGUGCCUUCCGCAACCUGGGUCCCCUGGAGGCCCAGGACUCCCUCUACGGUUCCCCGCCCAUGGAGUCCUGCCUGUCCCCUGCAGAGGAGGAGGAGGAGGCAGCGGCGGCGGCCGCCCCCUGCGAGGACUGCGGGCCACUGCGCCCUGCGUGGGAACGGCAGCGGCAAACCUCCGAUGUGGCUUCUUCCGGGGUGGUGUCCUUGAAUGAGGAUGAGGCGGAGCCGGACCAACAGUGACCCUCGCCCCGCCCGCCCGGUGACGGGACGGCCUCAGCCCCUGCUGGGGGCAGAGCCUCCGUGGCCAGGGUGGCCGACACGGGCGACGGGGCCGCCAGCAGAGGUCCCAAGCCUGGAGGCUCCCGGGAGCACUCACUCUUCUGUUGUGUGUCUUUGCAUGAUCGUGUCGCGGGAGGAGGCCGGGGGCCGGGCUGGGGGCGCAUGUCCUGCCCCCAACUCCAGGGCUUUGCUGGAGCUCGCCCGGGGGCCCCGGAGCAGAGAUGGCGCCAGCUGUGGCAGACGGCAGUGAUGUUCAUGUUCCUAAAUCAAGAAUCGUCACAGACACGGUUUCUUCCUCGGACGAUGUGAAUCCCGGAAGGGCGGCGGUGAUGGCCUGGGGCUGUGUGUGUGGGAGGGGCAGGGGGUGUUUGGGGAGAGGGAACCCGACCCCCCUGUGCCCACCCCACGCCCCUCUCCUCUGCUGCUCUCACCUCCCAUCUGUCCGUGUGCAGUGAUUGAUCUCACCCCUCACCCCAGCCCCCUGCCCAGCCAGGCUUGUGCUGUGCGUCCCCUCACCAUCAUCUCUAAAUCUUUUCUUUUUCCGAAAGAAAGAGGGGGUUUGGGUCUGUUCUUCCAGUCGCAUCUUCCCUGGCAGGCAUCGGCAUGACAGAAAUCUGUGCCCUGCACCCUUUCCCUGGCCCCGCUGGAGGGAGGGGAGGGGGGCGGGGGUGUGUGUGGGGGGCUGGGUCCUUCCCCAGUCCCCUGGUCCUGUAUCUCCAGGGUGGACCCAGAAAUUGCUGCAGAGCUGGGGCUUGGGUGUGCUGCUCGAGACGGCCACUAGGGGGCCCUCCUGGGCUGCUGCUGUCCCACUCGGGGCAGGAAUGGUGCCAAUGAGUGAGUCCAGAGGGAGGAACUCUCUGGGGAGGAAAGAGGUUAGUGCCUUUCUCGGCUGAACAAAAAGGCCAAAGCUACCGUCCUGGGGCGGGGCAGGGGGAGGGGGGAGCCUCCGCCCCAGGCAGGGUGUUGGUGAUGAAUCAGUGGAGGCCUCCGCAGAUUCAAAGUUUUUCUGGAACCCCCGGGACCCCGGAGUUGUAGGGCUGGGGGUGGCCCCGAGGGUAGCUGCAGGAUUCGGAGCCCUGUAGACUUUGGCAGGUAAGAACAAGAGCUGAUGGGCACAGACAUUCUAUAUAUAAGUGGCUCAUUAGGUGUUUAUUUUGUUCUAUUUAAGAAUUUGUUUUAUUAAAUUAAUAUAAAAAUCUUUGUAAAUCUCUA